GCCAAUUUGCGUUUUACAGGGUGGUUCGGGAAAUCUUAUUAAAAUUCAUAAGCGAAGCGCUUCCUGAUUAGCCAGUGAAUGCCUUAGAGCCGCACAUGUCGAUAGGAGCACGUUCAGGUAGCGCUUCUUUAUAAAUAUUAAUGAGAUAGCCAAUCACGUAGCCUCUCAUGUAUAUUAAUAAGUUUUCCUGAACCACCUCGCAAAAAGAAAAUUCGUCAUCAGGAGCGGUUGAACCGGAAGCGUAACGUUCAGGCACGGCAGACGCAAUGGAUCCUGGAGGACCGGAGAACGACUGGAAGAGCCUCGCCUUCCGUCAGAAGGUGGUGGCACAAAUUGAAGAUGCCAUGCGGAAGGCUGGUGCCGUGUCCAACAAAUCCAGCAACGACAUGGAGAGCCACGUGUUCGUUAAGGCCAAAUCCAGGGACGAGUAUCUCUCCCUGGUGGCCAGACUCAUCAUCCAUUUCAGAGACAUCCAUAAGAAAGCUCAAGGAGGACCAGUCCUACCCACAGCAGACCCAAUGAACGCACUUCACAAUUUGACGGCGGUGGGGACGGGUGGACCUAGCGGGCUAACUAUCGGACCCCGCCCCCCUGGAGCCUCCAUGGGUAGCUUGACCCAAAUGCCGAUGACUCAGCAUGUCAUUCCGGGCGUUGCUGGAAACCCUCAGCCCAUUGCUAUGCCAACCCAGAUCCAGCAGAUGGUCCAGCAGCAGCAGCAGCAACAACAGCAACAGCAGCAGCAGCAGCAACAACAGCAACAACAGCAGCAGCAGCAGUUUCCCCAGUUUUCGGCCCAGCAGCAGCAGCAGGUGGCCAUGUUGCAGCAACAGCAGCAGCUUCACCGGCUGAAGCAGCAGCAACAACAACAGCAGCAGCAGCAGCAACAACAGCAGCAGCAGCAGGGUCAGAACCAGCAGCAGCAGAACCAGCAAGCUCAGCCGAUGCUUGCAUCCCGCCUGCAACAGCAGCAGAUUGUCCAGCUACAGCAGCUCCAGCAUCAGCAGGUGGCUCAGGCUCAGGCUCAGGCUCAGGCUCAGGCCCAGGCUCAGGCUCAGGCUCAGGCCCAGGCCCAGGCCCAGGCUCAGGCUCAGGCCCAGGCUCAGGCCCAGGCUCAGGCUCAGGCUCAGGCUCAGGCCCAGGCCCAGGCCCAGGCCCAGGCCCAGGCCCAGGCAGUUCAAGCCCUUCAACAGCAACAGCAGCUGCAGCAACAGCAACAACAACAGCAGCAGCAGCAGCAGUCCCAGCAUCAGGCCCAGGUCCAGGCCCAGCAACAAGUGCAUCACCUAGUCCACCACCCGCAACAGCCGCCACCACCUCCCCAGGCCUCCCAGCUGGCCCCCCACCCGCAGCAGGCCCUGGGAGGCCAGAUUCCAGCCCAACACAUGCCAAUUGGACAGCUCAGCCAGCAGCAGCAGCAGCAAAUUAAACUGAUGCAGCAGCAGCAAAUGACCCCCAGAGUCAUGCAGCAGCAGCCGUUUGCCCAGCAGCAGCAGCCGUUUGCCCAGCAGCAGCAGCCGUUUGCCCAGCAGCAGCAGGCGGUUUCCCAGCAACAAGCAGCUGUGGUCCAGACCCAUCUUGUUCCUGGACAGAUGAUGAUGAUGGCCCGCUCUGGGAUGCAAAUUCCACCCCGCCCACCCCGCGCCACGCCGACCUCUGCAGCGCCCCCCAGCGCUGCCACUGGGGGAGGACAGCAAACGCCACAGCAGGUCCCUCAGUCCUCGAUGAUGUCAUCGUCCCCCUCUUCAGUGCAGGUGCCCCCCCCGCAGUCCAUGCCGCCACCCCCCCAGCCGCAGCCGUCCCCACAGCCUCCGACCUCCCAGCCAAACUCUGUCAGGUACGACACAAUCACGUCUUCUUCUAGGUGUCCCUUGAGGACAUUACAGAAGUGUGAGAUCGCUUUAGAGAAGCUGAAGAACGACAUGGCUGUGCCCACCCCGCCCCCGCCGCCUGUGCCCAGCACCAAGCAGCAGUACCUGUGUCAGCCCCUGCUGGACGCGGUCAUGGCCAACAUUCGCUCGCCCGUCUUUAACCACUCGCUGUACCGCACCUUUGCCCCGGCCAUGAUGGCCAUCCACGGCCCGCCUAUCACGGGCCCCAGCAUCGCGGCUCGCAAGCGGAAGCACGAGGAGGACGAGCGGCAGACCAUCCCUAACAUCCUGCAGGGGGAGGUGGCCCGUCUCAGCACCAAGUUCCUGGUUAACCUGGUGCCGUCUCACUGCAGCAACAGCGGGACAGUGCAUCUUAUCUGCAAGCUGGAUGAUAAGAGUCUCCCCAGCGUACCCCCCCUCCAGCUCAGCGUUCCGGCUGACUACCCCGAGCAGAGCCCACAGCUGGCAGACGACGGGCAGCAGUAUGACGCCAACCCCUUCCUGCAGACGGUCCACAGGAACAUGACCUCCAAGCUGCUGCAGCUGCCGGACAAGCAUUCGCUCACGGCGCUGCUCAACACGUGGGCCCAGAGCGUCAAGCAGGCCUGUCUCUCCCCGGCGUAGCGCCAUCCUGCCCCUCAGACCUAUGGCCUGCCACCUCUGUUGGCUGCUUUGUGAGCUGUCUGUGCGUUUUAUGAAAUGGAUAGCGACUUAGUGUGAGAGUGUGCCCUGUGACCCUCGGGCAGUAAAAGCCACCCUUAACCGUGUCAGCACGUGCUUCUUCCCCAGUAUAGUCAUCCUGCUUGGUCCUGGUGGUUUUUUUCUGUUUUAAUUACAGCGGAGCUCUUAGUAUAGGCUGUUGGCUAAAUGGAUUGUAUUACACUGCAUUAAACUGAGUUAGUUUGCUGUAACGCCUUCGCCUUCUUGGUCUGCAAAGCUUAUUUGAAUGUGAAUCGGGACCCUGACUUGUCAGAGUCCUGCGCACAGCAUUUAGCUUGUUAGCCUUUCUUAGCAUUCUGCCAGUGCUGAGCUCCAUAAGGAUCUCGCCCGUACUCGCUGUCGUCAUGCUUUGGCGUCUGGCGCUUGUGGCGCUGCUUGUCCUUUUCAGCACCCCGUCCUCUGGAGACAGCCCCUCUGCAGGGUCCCGGGGCUCGGCUCCAGGUGCAGGCAGGGUGACGCAGUGCGGGGGAACGGGGAGUGGGGGUUGCCGGGGAGUGGGGGUUGCCUGCAGGGAGGAGGGAGGGACUCGGCCAGACCUGAGAGGAACACGGCUUCAGAGUGGGAAAUCUCGGCCAGAUUGAUUACAGAUGGCUUCAUUCAUCCAGUACUGAUUUUGUUUUUGUGUAAAUAAAGUGAGAAAAUUACAAUUUGAA